GGUAGGCCGAGCUGACCAGCAUAAAUAUUUUGUGUACUUUUUGGAACCGAUUGCCUUCAUCACGAUACUGUUCAGUGGUCUUUGGAGUCCAUCGUGUCUUGGAUCCUAAAUCAUUCAAAAGGAAGGGACAUUGAAAACUAGUUGGAAAGAUGUUUUAUGAGCCUGGGAAGACGGAUCAUGGCCUCCCGCAUGAUCCUUUUAAGGCUUGCGUGAUCCCUCGCCCCAUCGGCUGGAUCUCAACGCUCUCUCCCUCCGGCACUGCCAACCUCGCUCCCUACUCCCAGUUCAACAAUCUCACUUUCGACCCACCCUACGUGAUGUUCAGCGCAAAUCAGACCCCCUCAGCCGCGCAGAAGGACACCGUCGUCAACGUCGAAGCCACCGGCGUUUUUUGCUGGAACCUUGCCACCUACGCCCUUAAAGACGCCGUAAACGCUACCUCUGAGCAGACACCCCCGGAGGUCGAUGAGUUUGAAAAGGCAGGAUUAAGUAAAGAAGAUAGCUCGUUGAGUAGCGUCUUAGUCAAGGGCAAGCAAGUAAAAGUACCCAUGGUGAAGGCAUCGCCGAUCAAAUUUGAGUGCACGCAUUACACUACUCUCCGCUUGCCGGGUAAUCCGCCGAUGGGAGCGGUGGACGUUAUUAUAGGACGGGUGAUUGGGAUUCAUAUCGAUGAGGAUGUGUUAACGGAUGGAAGGAUCGAUGUUAGCAAAACGGUGCCGAUUGCGAGGUGUGGGUACUUUGAGUAUACGGCGGUCAGGGAAGUAUUUGAGAUGAAGAUCCCGGGAGAUGAUCCCAAUCGUUAUGCGGGUUUGGAAGGAAGCGUCAAGGGAAAUAGAGAGAUUCAGAUGAAGAGGGUAGAGGAGGCAGAAAAGGAGAAGACAGGUGGUCCAUGAAGCGAGAAACGAUCAUCUGUAGGGAGAGGUAGCUUAGUACGUAUGGG